AUGUUCAAUAAUUCAACAUCCUUUUUUGCAAACUCAAAUGAAAAAAACAAUCAGUUGAAAGAGAAAAUCUACAGUGCUCUCUAUUAAUCUCCUAAUACUUCUUAGUAAAAUUUUACUUAAUCAAAUAGUGAUAUUAUGAAGUGGAUUCCAAGCAAUGAUAUUUCAAAUCUCUCUGUGUCAAUUGAGUAGGAUAUUGAUAAAAUUCUAUAAGUAAUACCACCUUUUUAAUUUUAAUCAAAUAAACAGAUCUCCUUUUAAAAUUGUUAUACUCAAUAAUUAUCUAAUCCUUAACCUAUUAAAAUUUAAAGUUCAUCUAAUAAUUCUGAAAAUAUAUGUGAACCUGAAAUAAAAAUAAUAGAAUAACCAUUAACUGAAAGUAAUUCAAAAUAAAAUAGAAGAGAAUAACAAUUAAUUCAUUCAAAGUAGAAUUAAUACAUUUAGGAUUUGAUAAGUAGAUAUAAAGAACCUCCUAAAAAUGCUUUUUAAGAAGAUUAAAAUUAUCUUUCUAAUAAUAUUGAAGAAGAAUAGGAUAUCAAUACAAAAUAAUCAGUUAACAAUAUAGAUUCUUAAUAAAAAGGUUGUUUAAUUAUAUAAGAAAAAUGCAAAAAUAAUGAACAUUCUAAAUUAACUGAAUAAUAAACAUGUUUAAAUUAAAGCAUUGGUAAUUCUUAUCUAUUAGAUGCAUUAAUUAAUGAAGAAAACAUAAAAUAGGUGGUUUCGAUUGUGGAAAUUGAAAGUUAAACUUUUAAUUCAAAUUAAAAUUGGGCAAAAAUGAAAAUAAGAAAAGAGGCUAAAUAGUAUGAAAUUUACAAAACACAAAACUUUUAAGAUCUCCUAUAUUCUUUGCCCUCUUUUUUUAUUCAUUAAACUGAAGGUGAAUUAAAAGUUGAUAAAUUGAGAGCUUAAGAAAAUUAAGAGGGAUAUUAUUAUCAAUCCUUUGAACUUACAGUCAAUCCAUACAAAAUGAUUGGACCAAUUAAUUUUAAAAAAAAUCUUAAAAUUGUAUUUUUUUAUAAGAUAAUAGCAUAUAAGAUUCAAAAAAGGUUAUUAUGGAGUAGUUUAUUAUGAUAAACUUUUAUAAAAUGUUAUUCCAUAAAAUUAAGUAGAUGGCAUAACUUUGAAAAAUGAACCAUUUGUAUUAGCAAAUAAUUCUGAAAAACCCAUAAAAGUAAUUUGUUGUAUUGUUGGAAUCAAAAAAUGA